AUGAGAGCUUUUGUUGAUAAGCAGUUUCGAAAAUCUAGCGAAAGCCUAAAAGAUGAUGAUGAGUUUUAUAUUGAAAGGAAGCAUUUAAAUUCAUUACAUAACUACUUUUCUCAUUCCUUAUUAUAUUUAGAGAGGUUGGAGAGUGCAAUUAAAAAUAUUAAUAUUAUGAUAAGUGAUUUAAAUACAUGCUUAAUGUCUUUCUUUGAAAACGAUGUAAACUUAGAAAUAAUUAAACAUGUAUCAUAUAUAUUGAAUUCUUUUAAUAAUGUAAGAGAACAAAUAACAAGUCAAAUUACUGAAUCUAAAACUAUGGUUAAUAAUACUUUAAAUAAAAUAAAAAAUGUACAAAAUCUAUGUAUAAAAAAAAGACAUCUAAGCUCUUCUAUAGAACAUUAUGAAAAAAAGAUAAAAAAGUUACAAACUGUAACGACAUCCAAUCAAAAACAUUUAGAUAAAGUUAUAAGAAACGAACAUAAAUUAAAUAAAGUUAAAACAGAUUAUUUAGAAUACCAUGAAAAUAUAAAAAAAGGUUUUGAUUCUAUUUUAGAAAAUAAAACAAAUAAAGUUUUAUUUGAUGCAAGAAAGAAACUUAAGUUCUUUGAUAAAAAAACAAGAAAAUUACCAAUAGAAUAUAACUUUUUUUUAGAAGAAGAAGAUAAAAUGAAUAUUUUCGCCGAAAAAAAAAAAAAUAAUAAUCCCUUUUCUUAUGACAUAGAUAAUAAUGAAAAUAAUACUUGCAAAAGUUCAGAGAGCAGUAGUAUAAGAAUUGGGUCUAAUGAUAAAAAGAGUAAUAAUAUUUUUAAAAUUAAAUCAUUUUUAAAAGUUACAAAUAAACCAUCAAAAAUAAAAACUCUACCAUCAAAUUUACCACCAAUUUUCCCGCAAUAA